ACUAAAUCUGCUGCUGCAGGCACAAGCGCGGGCACACACAUGCACAAUACCCAAAACAGAUGCUGAAGGAAGAAGCUGAAGGGACAGCUCAUCCGUAAGGAUAACCUAGUUGAGCCUGCAUCAGAUGUUCAUAAAACCUAUAGUGGUUCAAUGAGAGUACUGAGGAGGAGGAGCAGGAGCAGCGGUCAGGAACGAUGAUCAUUUAACACUUUCAAAGAGACGUCGCCUCGAACGCAGCAGCGCCGCAACUGAACCGGGAGGACCAGAGAAGAAGAAGUGCGUUUGGAGCUCCGAAGUUGGGUCGAGCUGCGGCGAUGAUUUCCAUCUGAUCGCUGCUCAGCUGACUGGAGAUAGGACUGCGGACGGUCGGGCCAUCGCUGCGUUGUGGCAGCAGACACGCUGAACCCUGCCUGCCUGAGGAUUGCACAAUCCGUUCUCCACAAAAAUGUCAUCUCAGGCGAAAGUCAAGAAGGACAAAGAGAUCAUAGCUGAAUAUGAGACCCAAGUGAAAGAUCGUUUUGCUGCACAUUUCAGAGCUGAGUAAGUCGCCCUUGUCCUUGGCCAUUAUGCUAAACAGACUGACUGCUGCGACUGUUUGAGCCGGGAGCUGGCCUGCUCUCAUUGAAAUGCCUCCGGAGGCAUGUAACCAGGCAACUGGGCAACUGUGGGGACCGUGAGAGAGAUCCGGAAUCAGCUGGUGGAGCAGUUUCGUUGCUUGGAGCAACAGUCCGAGUCUCGGCUGCAGCUGCUGCAGGACCUGCAGGAAUUCUUCCGCAGAAAGGCCGAGCUCCAGCUUGAGUUUUCCAGAGGCCUGGACAAGCUGGCCGAACGAUACUCCGCCAAGAUCCGCACUUCCAGAGAGCACCAGCAUUUCAAAAAAGACCAGAAUCUCCUCUCCACUGUGAACUGCUGGUAUUUGGUUUUGGACCAGACCCGACGGGAGAGCAGGGACCACGCCACUCUCAGUGACAUCUACAACAACAACGUCAUUGUCCGGUUGGCGCACGUGGGCGAGGAUGUCAUCAGACUUUUUAAAAAGAGUAAAGACAUCGGGGUGCAGAUGCACGAAGAGCUUGUUAAAGUCACCAACGAGCUCUACACGGUAAUGAAGACUUACCACAUGUACCACAGUGAGAGUCUGAGUGCUGAGAGCAAACUGAAAGAAGCAGAGAAGCAGGAAGAGAAGCACAUCGGGAAGAGUAACGACAUCAGCACCAGCCUGCUGCGCUACGCUCACGACGAACGUCCUCAGAGGCGCAGUUCUGUUAAGAAAAUGGAGAAAAUGAAGGAGAAGAGACAAGCCAAGUACUUUGAAAACAAGCUGAAAUGCACAAAAGCUCGGAACGACUAUCUCCUCAAUCUUGCAGCUACCAAUGCUCUAGUGGCCAAGUACUACAUCCACGAUGUCUCAGACAUGAUAGAUUGUUGUGACCUAGGAUACCAUGCAAGCUUGGCGCGUACCAUGAGGACCUACCUAUCUGCUGAAUACAGCCUGGAAACAUCUCGCCACGAGGGUCUGGAUUUACUGGAGGGUGCAGUAGAUGCAAUGGACAUUCGAGGAGACAAGCUGAAGUUUAUGGACACGCACAGUCAGAUCUUCUGUCCUCCAGCACGCUUUGACUAUCAGCCACAUGUGGGCGACGAAGUGUGUCAGUUGAGCGCGCAGCAGCCAAUUCAGACUGAGCUCCUGAUGCGUCACCACCAGCUGCAGUCUCGCCUUGCCACUCUGAAGAUAGAAAAUGAAGAGGUAAAGAAGACUCUUGAUGCCACCAUGCAGACGCUUCAGGACAUGCUCACUGUAGAGGAUGUUGAUGUUUCUGAGGCCUUCCAGCACAGCCAAUCAACAGAGUCUGUCAAAUCGGCUUCCUCUGACUCAUACAUGAGCAAGGCAAACAUUGCUAAAAGGAGAGCCAAUCACCAAGAGACUGAGGGCUUUUACUUUACAAAAUAUAAGGAGUACUUGAAUGGCAGCAAUCUCAUUGUGAAGCUGCAGGCGAAGCAUGACCUCCUAAAGCAAACGUUAGGGGAAGGAGAGAGGGCUGAAUAUGGAACAACAAGGCCCCCCACUCUUCCCCCUAAACCCCAGAAAAUGAGGAAGUCUAGACCUCGCUCCAUUUUUACCCAUAAGCUGUUUAACGGCAAUAUGGAGGCCUUCAUUCAGGAUUCUGCUCAGCCUAUACCUGUGGUGGUUGAAAGCUGUGUUCGGUACAUCAAUCUGUACGGUCUUCAGCAGCAGGGUAUAUUCCGCGUUCCAGGAUCUCAGGUCGAAGUCAAUGACAUUAAGAAUGCAUUUGAAAGAGGAGAGGAUCCGCUGGUGGACGAUCAGACGGAUCAUGACAUCAACUCUGUGGCGGGCGUUCUCAAGCUCUACUUCCGCGGCCUGGAAAACCCGUUGUUCCCCAAAGAGCGUUUUUUCGAAUUCAUGUCCACCACCAAAGUUGACUCCGAUGCAGAAAGAGCUCGUCACCUUCAGCAGAUAAUUGUGAAAUGUCCGCGGCCUGUGAUUGUUGUCAUGAGAUACUUGUUUGCAUUUCUGAACCAUCUUUCCCAGUACAGCGAUGAGAACAUGAUGGACCCCUACAACUUAGCGAUCUGCUUUGGCCCCACGCUGAUGCCCAUACCGGAUGACCAGGACCCCGUAGCCUGCCAAGCGCACGUUAAUGAGAUUAUUAAGACAGUUAUCAUCCACAAUGAGGCUAUCUUCCCAAGCCAGAGAGAGUUAGAGGGACCAGUGUAUGAAAAGUGCAUGGCUGGAGGGGAAGAGUACUGUGAAAGCCCUCACAGUGAGCCGGGAACCCUUGACGAGAUCGACAAUGGGACUGGACCAAACACGAGUGAUGAAGAGUUUGAGCCGAUUGAGGCCAUAGCUAAGUUUGACUACGUGGGCCGGAGUCCAAGAGAGCUGUCCUUUAAGAAGGGAGCGUCUUUGCUGCUGUACCUGCGAGCGUCUGAGGACUGGUGGGAGGGUCGACACAACGGGGUGGACGGGCUGAUCCCACAUCAGUACAUUGUAGUGCAGGACAUGGAUGAUGCGUUCACUGACAACGUUCAGAAGACUGACGGUGAGGCCUACAGCGGACCAUAUCACAAUAACCGGGUCUCCUCUAGAAAUGAGCAUCAGUCCCCUUGCGAGCAUGCACCUGAGAAUCGUUUCGGAGUUGCUUUGGGAAGGGUGAGAGUCCGAUCAGAUGGAGCUGACGUCCCUCGUCAAAGGAAUGGUGCAGACAAUCUCAGCCCCUCCCGAUUGGCCGAUCAACCCCCCAGGGUCAUGCCUCGGCCUUGCAGUCCGCACAAGUUGGUCGUCAGCCGAGUUCACACAGACAGCCCAGAGAAGAGGCGUCUCACCACGUUUGGCAGUGCUGGCUGCAUCAAUCAACCCGACAGGAAGGCGUUCGUCGACAGCCACUCCCAGCGAUCGUCACCGAGCACAACUCGACAUGCCAGUUUAGGGGACCACAAGGGUCUAGAGACUGAUGCACUCGCCGAGGACAUAGAGAAAACGAUGAACACAGCUCUGCACGAGCUGCGUGAGCUGGAGAGGCAGAACGUGGCCAAACACGCCCCUGAUGUUGUCCUGGACACCUUGGAGACGCUCAAACAGCCCGGUGGGGCCCAUGAUGUGUCCGCCAGCCCGCUGCACACCAUGGUGAUCAGAGAUCCAGACGCAGCCCAGCGGCGCAGCAGCAGCACCUCCUCCUCCGAGACCAUGACCACAUUUAAGCCUGCUCUGUCGGUGCGCAGACCGAGCGCCCCUCUACGGCCCCCGCCCGUCAGGCCCGUCAGACCUGCUCCUGUGAUUGGACUGGGCCAGGGGCCACACCGCUCCAGCAGCUCCGGCUCUUCUGGUCUGGGCAGCCCAGGCAUCACCCCCACUGAACGGGUGUUUCCUAAAGCACCCUCCCCAUCACCGUCCACUUCCUCCUCCUCCUCGGACAAACAAGGCCACAUGUAGCUCUAGUCAGCCCAGGAGAGAAGAAGCUAAAAACACUGACUUAAACCAUCAUCACACCUUCUCUAGACUGCAAAUCAAACAUCCGAUCCUUCUGAAUAUUUACCACUAAUCUGGAUUAGAAGAUGAGAGCGGCUACUGGUGUCUGUCCGCGCAAUACCGGCCCGUGGCUGGAGCGUGUUACAGUGAUUUGUAUUACACAGAAAUAGAUUUAAACCCAUAGGGAUGGUUUUAUAGACUGCUACCGAGCUGGAAUGGAGAAAUGCACUGGAAAAUGUUUCUGUUUGCUGAAUUAUAACAGAGGAGCAACUCAAUGAAGCGUUAUUAGAUUACUAAGAUGCUGCGAGCUGGGCGCUCUGUGUCUGGUUUCCUGCUCCAUUAUCAUGAAUCACUUAAGGGAAUAUUUGCCCACUCGUCAUGUAGACAUGCAGACUGUGAUGGUGGGACAUCGUGUCUUGUGUUAGAGUAAUUCCUUCAGCACCAUUUUUAUUGACCAGAGAGAAAACGACCCAACUCUGUGACAGCCAGCCAAACAUUAAAACACAAGCUGCAGUUCUGCUCAUGACCACUAGAUGAAGGGAAUUUACAAUUGCGCUGCAUUAACAGCAUCAAAUCAUUUAAAUAUUCUGCACACUGUACAAAUAUUCUAUGCAUCGUAGGUAUAACAUAAAAAAAGAUGUUCUCUAAAUAUAAACAUUAAAUGUUAAACGUUUUAGCGAAUGACUCCAGCACAGCAAUUCUGCAGCAGUUUUUACAUUGGAGUCUCAUCUCACAGUGUAAAAGGAUCACAAACGAUGUUUGAUUAAAGAAGUGUUCAGUCUGUCUUAUAAAGUCUUACCUUUUGGAAACUUUUUAUAAAUAUAUUAUUACUCUAGCUUGUAUUUUCAUUCGGGUUUCUUCAUCUUUCAGUCGUAAAAGCAGGCAAUGUCGCAUCCAUUACAUCAAAAAAGGAAGCUAAAACUGUCCUGGAAAUGCUCGUUUUCUUACAAUCAUCUCUUUACAGAAAUAAAAGGUUAGCUGUAUUCCCUCAACAAAUCAGUGAGACACUCACACAAUUCUGUCAACUAAUGCACUAAUAUACUCUACAGGGUUCUGUGUCUUUGUUAGGAUGAGGCUGGACUAGAAACAAAGAGUUUUUCCUGUCUGGGUCAGUCGCUGCAGGCCGUGUGGAUGUUGAGCUCAACACGCUGUUUACUGAUUGUUGUUUGUCCCAUGAGGCUGAUCUUUCAAGUGUAAAUGCAUUAGAGUGAAUAAAAAUGCCUGUAAAUAUAACAUUGUAUCAUAGGAUGGGAUAUAAUAUCAUCUGUAGUCCGUAGAGUUUUGUAAUUCUUAUCCUUGCACAGAUGUUAGCAGAAUAAUAAACUCAACUCAAGA